CCAUCAGCACACAGUAGUCUUGUUUCGAGGAUUUCUGUCUCCUUCCCUUCCUGUCUUCCUUUGGGAAAAUGCUUUGAGGUAGAAAGCAACAAAUGAAACACCAGCAGGCAAAUAAAAUCAGCUCUUUUCUGUUUCCCCACCCGGAAAGGGACAGGGAGCAAGAACCCCACCAUCGAAGAUAACUUGGCUUAGGCGUGCCAUUCUUAGAAGCCCUUGUUCCCUUAGCACCCCCUGGAGCUCUGCAGUAAUUCCUCAGAGAUUGUAUAGUCUUGCUUUAAAUAUAAAUAUAUAUAUAAAAUUUCCCCGUCUCUUUCUCUCCUCCUCUGUCUCUCUUUUUUUAAUUUCCUAUAAUAAAGUUUCCUAUUGGAUAAAGUCAGCUCCCUGAUUUAUGCCUGGUUCCUAUUGGAAGCUCUCAGGGGCUGACAUCACUUAGGAAAGCAAGGGGGUAGGGCUGCCAGAUCAGUUUGUCACCACCCAGGCUUCCUUGCCUUUGGCUGGGUGCAACUUCCAUUUUAGGUGUUGGAUCUGAGAGAAAAAAAAGAGAGAGAGGGAGAGAGAGAAAGAAGAGCAGGAAAGAUCCUGAAGGAGGAAGAGGUGGCGAAAAAUCAACUGCCUUGCUGGAUUUGUCUUUCUCAGCACAUUGGCGAAGCCUUGGGUUUCUUUCUUAAAGGAUUGUUUUUUAAAGUCCACAUUUGAGGUGUGUGCCUUUUAAAAAAAAAUGUGUUACAGACGGGCGAAGGAGGAUAAACCAGUCGAGAUUUUGUCUUAAGGUAACCAAAGGGAAUUUAAAAACGAGAGCGAGUCUGCUGUGCUGAUGGGUGAAUCUUAAGCAAUUAUUAUUUUCUUUCUACUUUCAGUACUUUGGGGUAUUUUGGUAUUUUAUUAUAUUAAAAAAAAAAGAUAAAAUAUGCAAGACCUAGAAACAAACUUCUAGGUCUCUCUAACACAAGGAGACUCUAGAUCCAGUGGGCUCUCUCCUUCCUGCUUCCUCCUUGCUGUGGUGGCUGGGAUGCUUCUCCCAUGACUUUUUGAAUCUAGACUGGGCUGUUCUCUGUGUUAAACCAAUCAAUUACAACCUCUUAACAGUGUGAAGUGAGGGGGGCGUUCUCCCUCCUUUCUCCUCCCUCUGUGAUCCACCUUCCUUUUUACCCUGUCCUGCGGCGGCUCCGCCCCUUACCGUCAUGGACGACUCAGAGGUGGAGUCGACCGCCAGCAUCUUGGCCUCUGUGAAGGAACAAGAGGCCCAGUUUGAGAAGCUGACCCGGGCGCUGGAGGAGGAACGGCGCCACGUCUCGGCGCAACUGGAGCGCGUCCGGGUCUCACCACAAGAUGCCAACCCACUCAUGGCCAACGGCACCCUCACCCGCCGGCAUCAGAACGGCCGGUUUGUGGGCGAUGCUGACCUUGAGAGACAGAAAUUUUCAGAUCUGAAACUCAACGGACCCCAGGAUCACAGUCACCUUCUGUAUAGUACCAUCCCCAGAAUGCAGGAGCCUGGGCAGAUUGUGGAGACCUACACAGAGGAGGACCCUGAGGGAGCCAUGUCUGUUGUCUCUGUGGAGACCUCUGAUGAUGGGACCACUCGGCGCACAGAGACCACAGUCAAGAAAGUAGUGAAGACUGUGACAACACGGACAGUACAGCCAGUCCCUAUGGGACCAGAUGGGCUGCCUGUGGACGCUUCAGUUUCAAACAACUAUAUCCAGACGCUGGGUCGUGACUUCCGCAAGAAUGGCAAUGGGGGGCCUGGUCCCUACGUGGGGCAGGCAGGCACUGCUACACUUCCCAGGAACUUCCACUACCCUCCUGAUGGAUAUAACCGCCACUACGAAGAUGGUUAUCCAACUGGCAGUGACAACUAUGGCAGUCUAUCUCGGGUGACCCGCAUUGAUGAGCGGUACAGGCCCAGCAUGGAAGGCUACCGGGUACCUAGUAGGCAAGAUGUCUACGGGCCCCAGCCCCAGGUUCGGGUGGGUGGGAGCAGUGUGGAUCUACAUCGCUUUCAUCCAGAGCCUUAUGGGCUAGAGGAUGACCAGCGUAGCAUGGGCUAUGAUGACCUGGAUUAUGGCAUGAUGUCUGAUUAUGGCACUGCCCGUCGGACUGGGACACCCUCUGACCCUCGCCGACGCCUCAGGAGUUAUGAAGACAUGAUUGGUGAGGAGGUGCCAUCAGAUCAGUACUAUUGGGCUCCUUUGGCCCAGCACGAACGGGGAAGCUUAGCAAGCUUGGAUAGCCUGCGCAAGGGAGGGCCCCCACCUUCCAGCUGGAGACAGCCAGAGCUGCCAGAGGUGAUUGCCAUGUUGGGUUUCCGCUUGGAUGCCGUCAAGUCCAAUGCAGCUGCGUACCUGCAACACUUGUGCUACCGUAAUGACAAGGUGAAGACUGAUGUGCGGAAGCUCAAGGGCAUCCCAGUGCUGGUGGGAUUGUUAGACCACCCUAAAAAGGAAGUGCACCUUGGAGCCUGUGGAGCACUGAAGAAUAUCUCUUUUGGGCGUGACCAGGAUAACAAGAUCGCCAUAAAAAACUGUGAUGGUGUUCCUGCCCUGGUGCGUUUGCUCCGAAAGGCUCGUGAUAUGGACCUUACUGAAGUUAUUACUGGAACCCUGUGGAAUCUCUCUUCCCAUGACUCAAUCAAAAUGGAGAUUGUGGACCAUGCACUGCACGCCUUGACAGAUGAAGUGAUCAUUCCACAUUCUGGCUGGGAGCGGGAACCUAAUGAAGAUUGUAAGCCUCGCCACAUUGAGUGGGAGUUGGUGCUCACCAACACAGCUGGCUGCCUUAGGAAUGUCAGCUCAGAGAGGAGUGAAGCUCGCAGGAAACUUCGGGAAUGUGAUGGUUUAGUUGAUGCCCUCGUUUUCAUUGUUCAGGCUGAGAUUGGGCAGAAGGAUUCAGACAGCAAGCUUGUGGAGAACUGUGUUUGUCUCCUUCGGAACUUAUCAUAUCAAAUUCAUCGAGAGAUACCACAGGCAGAGCGUUACCAGGAGGCAUCUCCUACUGUUGCCAAUAAUACUGGGCCACAUGCCGCCAGUUGCUUUGGGGCCAAAAAGGGCAAGGGGAAAAAACCCACAGAGGAUCCAGCAAACGAUACUGUGGACUUCCCUAAAAGAACCAGUCCAGCUCGAGGCUAUGAGCUCUUAUUCCAGCCAGAGGUGGUUCGGAUAUACAUCUCACUUCUCAAGGAGAGCAAGACUCCUGCCAUCCUAGAAGCCUCUGCUGGAGCUAUCCAGAACUUGUGUGCUGGGCGCUGGACAUAUGGUCGAUACAUCCGCUCUGCUCUGCGUCAAGAGAAGGCUCUUUCUGCCAUAGCUGAUCUCCUGACCAAUGAACAUGAGCGGGUAGUGAAAGCUGCAUCUGGAGCACUGAGAAAUCUGGCUGUGGAUGCUCGCAACAAGGAAUUAAUUGGUAAACAUGCUAUUCCUGACUUGGUAAACAAUCUGCCAGGAGGGCAACAGAGCUCUUCCUGGAAUUUCUCUGAGGAUACCGUGGUCUCUGUUUUGAACACCAUCAAUGAGGUUAUUGCUGAGAACUUGGAGGCUGCCAAGAAGCUUCGGGAGACACAGGGUAUUGAGAAGCUGGUGUUGAUCAACAAAUCAGGGAAUCGCUCAGAAAAAGAGGUUAGAGCAGCAGCACUCGUGUUACAGACAAUCUGGGGAUAUAAAGAACUGCGGAAGCCACUGGAAAAAGAAGGAUGGAAGAAAACAGACUUUCAGGUGAAUCUAAACAAUGCUUCUCGAAGCCAGAGCAGUCAUUCGUAUGAUGAUAGCACUCUCCCUCUCAUUGACCGGAACCAAAAAUCAGAUAAGAAACCUGAUCGGGAAGAAAUUCAGAUGAGCAAUAUGGGAUCAAACACAAAAUCGUUGGAUAACAACUAUUCCACAUUGAAUGAGAGAGGGGAUCAUAAUAGAACACUGGAUCGAUCCGGGGAUCUAGGGGAUAUGGAGCCAUUAAAGGGAACACCCCUGAUGGUAAAUUCUCUUCAUAUACUGUUAUGCUUCUCGAAGCCUGCAUGUUUUGUGAAAUAGGAAACAGAAGUACAAAGUGAAAGAUAACAUCAUUUUCUGGUAGGGGUUUUCAGGAAAAAGUCGGAGUUUUGACUAAUUUUGGGAUUUCUUUGACUAUUCGGUGAUGGUCGAGAUGGGGGAGGAAGGCUGUAAGCAUGUUACUAAUAUGACUAACGCUAACUGCUCUGUUCGCAUACAUUUCUCUCUCCCUGUGGCUGCCUUUUUCUUUAAGUUUACAGAUUUUGGAAUUUAUUCUAGGUCUGGCAUGCACUCAUGAGAUUUCCUAUUUCGUUACUCAUACUAACAAAUUGCAUGUGUUCACAGCAGGAGGAGGGGCAGGAAUCUCUGGAGGAAGAGUUGGAUGUGUUGGUUUUGGAUGAUGAGGGGGACCAAGUGUCUUGCCCCCCCAUGGUAUGUCCUCCUGCUAUCCCCAAGAUCACCCUUGAGGAAGGAGGCCCCUGUGUGCCAGGAGUUUGCCAAUCAUGCUGAUCUGAUCAGGCCAGAGAUGCUAGUCUUGGCCAUGUGGGGCUCAGGGGUUCUGCUUCUGUGAUUGUUACCUCGUAAGAGGCUGGGAUGUGCAGCUGGUGAUCUGAUUCUCCGUUAUGUGCUCCUUUCCUUCCUCCAGAUUUGCUAAGCUCUUUUUUGGUUCUCAUAUUCCCAACUCUUUUAACAUACUCUCUUUCUCUUUUUUCCCCUACAGCAGAAGAUUUAGCACCACUAUCUCCGUUCCAUCUGAGCUUAUAAUAUAUGUACUUUUAUUUUUUGUUGGUGAAAUGGACUGAUGAUUUUUCCCUUUCUUCGCUGGACUAUUGUGCAAACUGCCAGGCUUCCUCCUGCCCUUACAGCCCUAAGUGGCUGCCUUCUUUUCAUGGACUCCCAACUUCUUCCAGUGAAGUUUAAUUGACCCCUCCCUACAAAUCCCCUCCGGUUUCUCCCAAAGAGCCUGACCCAGUUAUUUGCAUAGGAUGCCUCAGUCUCGCCUAUCUUGAGAAACUGCUGAAGUUAGCUCUUUCUGCCAGCUCUUCCUGGAAAUCUUGGCCUUGUGUGGAGGGAGGGGAAGAGUGGAAAUCUUCACUGAAAGCCAUGAGAAGAAUUGGAAGUUACGUGCUAUAUAUGCAGUGUCCAGCAAUCUGAUAAACUAGUGGUUCUUAAUUUUUUUUUUCUCUGGUGGGGAAGGGACUUUUUAUUUUUUUGGAGGAGGGGAGUGUGAGCUCUUCCCUUACUCCUAAUGGCUACUUUUGAAGCAAAGAAGGUUGGCAACAUUGGAACACAUUCCACCUGGCAAAGGCCCUUGAGUAAGUGAGGGUCGUAGAACUGGGAUUAAGAAACCUUAACUCUCCUCAUCUCUGAGGCAGGCACCAUAAAGGAUCUACAGACUCCAUCUCUUCUUCAAGCCUCAUGCCAACCCUGGGCUGCUGCCACUGCCCCUCACUGAGGCUGUUAGUAGCCCUCCCCUCCCAUCCUGUGAUAUGUCUGCUGACCUGACCUGGCCAUUGGACUCCAUCUCUUCUUCGAGCCUCAUGCCAACCCUGGGCUGCUGCCGCUGCCCCUCACUGAGGCUGUUAGUAGCCCUCCCCUCCCAUCCUGUGAUAUGUCUGCUGACCUGACCUGGCCAUUUGCAAGAGGCUGUUGAAAAAGGAGAAUGUGUCAAGGCAAUAUUUUGGGGUGAGGAGGAGCAGAAAGAUGUCUUUUGAGGAGAAGAGGAAACUCUAGGAGGAGCUAGUUGGAAUGUACACGAAGCAGUUAGUCUGAAACUGGCAGGAAGCUUCAAAGCUGGCUUCCCCCUUGCCCUAUUUCUCCUGUCCCUACCCUUAUUAUCCUGUUCCCUCCCUUGCCUCCUC